AUGGGACCCUGGCCGCCUUCUCUGAUCCACCAGCUCGCCCCUAAGUACAUCAGUAAGCACUUAUCCUACUGCCUGAACAAUUUAAAUGGGGGAGUUAGCAGCAGGCUCUUCUUGGGACGCGGCAAACCGACGGUCACCGGAAAGGCGAGCGUCACGCGGCUCAUGACGCAAGACAGCUACUACGCCGUGCAACUUAACUCCAUCUCGAUCCCGGGUGAGUUCGACAUCUCCCUUACUAAGGGGCCUUGGUUGACAGCCGGCAACAUCAUCUUCGACUCUGGCACCGCCAUGACUAUUCUGGACAUUCAAGUGCUAGACCAGUUGGUGAAGGUAUUGACGGAUUACAUUAGCCUGCCGAGAGUGAAGACAGGAGACCGAUUCAAAUUGUGCUUCAUUGUGGGCUCCACACAGCAAGAGGAGCAGCUGCCAGGGUUGUGGUUCUCGUUUGCCGGGGAGUUGGGGAACUUCAGAGUGAGACCUGAAAAUCUAUUUAGGUGGUUUACUAAGCGUAUGAAAUGCAUGGUGAUAAUGGGAACGAAUGGUUUACAGAUCUUUGGGAAUAUUAUGCAGCAAGAUGUUUUAGUUGGGCAUGAUCUAGAAAAUAUGGAAUUAACUCUUAUAGAGAAAAAUUGUACCGAGUUAUACAAAUCCUAA